CUCCAGCAAGGCAGAAAGACCAGCCACUGGAUGUGGUUCAUCUUCCCGCAGGCAGCUGGCCUGAGCACAAGUAACAUUGGGCAGCAUUACGCCAUCCACAGCAUCGCCGAGGCUCGGGGCUAUCUUUCCCACAACGUCUUAGGCCGCCGCCUUAUAGAAGCCAUGCAUGCCGUCGAGGACAGUGGUGAGACGGAUCUCGUCAGUCUGUUUGGGAGCCAGGUUGACGCCGACAAGUUCAAGUCGUGUCUGACGCUGUUCAGCCAGGCGGAG